AUGGAGAUGCAGAGAUGGACCACCAGGUGGAAAACGAAACGGUUCUUAUUGGAUUCAACGCUGACCGCUUUGGUUACAUUAAUUUUACUUCUACAAGCGGCCGAAGUCAGAGCAGCUGAGCCCGUGGACGUUCUGAAGGUGCUUGACUUCCACAGCUCUCCUGAUGGAGUUCGUAAAACAACAGGCUUCUGCACGGCCCGCAGAGGAUCCCAACCCGACGUGGCUUACCGAGUGAGCAAACAGGCGCAGAUCAGCGCUCCGACCAGGCAGCUCUUCCCAGGGGGAGUUUUCCCAGAAGAUUUCUCCAUCCUGUUUACCAUCAAACCAAAGGCUGGCCUCCAGUCCUUCCUGCUGUCCGUGUACAACAAGCAAGGCAUCCAGCAGCUCGGCGUGGAGGUGGGCCGUGCCCCUGUCUUCCUGUACGAGGACCAGAAUGGCAAGCCCGCCCCGGAGGAGUACCCCCUCUUCCGCUCCGUCAACCUCGCCGACGGAAAAUGGCAUCGUGUCGCUAUCAGCGUGGAGAAGAAGAGCGUCACCAUCAUUGUGGACUGUAAGAAGAAGGUGACCAGGCCUCUCGGCAGAAGUGACCAGGCCGUCAUCAACACAGAGGGCAUUACUGUCUUCGGCACCAGAAUCCUGGAUGAGGAGGUCUUUGAGGGUGACAUCCAGCAGCUGCUGAUUGUCGCGGACCCCAGAGCAGCCUACGACUACUGUGAACACUACAGCCCCGACUGUGAAACCCCCAGCCACCAUGACACCCCCCAGGCUCAGGAACCUGAAGACGAGUACACUAACUAUGAAUAUGGUGAGUUCUAUGACUACAGUGAAGGAGCGGUAACCACUGACGCUCCCCCGACUGAAGGACCCAAGACGGAGACUAAAGCCGGUGCAGAAUACUACACAGGUGAGUAUGACUACUCCACAGUGGAUGGAAGUCAGCCUGAAACUCCCACUGACACCGCUGGACAGAGCUACGAUGGGGAAAUAGUGGAUGAUUACAUCACCGGCGUGGAGCAGGUCGGGCUGGACCCCACGCCAGCCGUGGAAACGGCCGCUGCCCCCGUCGACGCCCAAGAGAAGGCGGAGCCUGGCGCUGACGCGUAUGAGUUUAAGGAGUACGACUUGAAGGAAUAUGACAACAAAGAGUUUGUAGAGAAGCCGUACGAAUAUGGCGACUAUGGUGAUUAUGGCACCGCUGAAGCCAGGCCUACAUCUCCCACAAAUGAGGAUGAGUUUGGUCAGGGCGCUCCGGCGGAGACAGACUUCAGAGAGAGCAACGUGGGUGGAGGUCAGAGUUACCUGGGGGAGAAAGGAGAGAAGGGCGAACCUGCCGUCAUCGAGCCAGGGAUGCUUAUAGAAGGACCCCAAGGAGCCCCCGGCCAAGCAGGUCUUCCUGGUACCGCAGGAUUGCAGGGUCCCCCAGGUGCCUCAGGAGAUCAUGGUGAGAGGGGUCCUCCAGGACGUCCCGGUAUUCCCGGUUCGGACGGUGUCCCUGGGCCUCCAGGUACCAUCCUGAUGCUGCCAUUCCGUGCGGGUGGCGAGUCGCACAAGGGUCCAGUGGUUUCAGCCCAGGAGGCUCAGGCUCAGGCCAUCCUAUCUCAGGCCAGGCUGGCUCAGAGAGGUCCUCCAGGGCCUGCGGGCAUGACAGGGAGAUCUGGUCCUGUGGGAGGUCCUGGUUCUUCUGGACUUAAAGGUGACGGUGGCGACUCCGGACCACAGGGACCCAGAGGUCUUCAAGGUUCAACAGGGCCUUCAGGAAAACCAGGAAAGAGGGGUCGUAACGGCGCUGACGGAUCUCGAGGUCUGCCAGGAGAGUCCGGGUCCAAGGGUGACCGAGGAUUCGACGGCCUCCCAGGUCUGCCCGGAGAGAAGGGACACAGAGGAGAAUACGGUCCAUCGGGUCCUCCGGGUUCUCCAGGAGAGGACGGCCCAAGAGGUGAAGAUGGCCAGGUUGGACAGAGAGGUGUGGCCGGAGAGAGCGGUCCUAGAGGUUUGCUCGGCCCCAGAGGUUCUCAAGGUACUGGAGGACAGCGUGGUCUCCCUGGAAUCGAUGGGCAAGGCGGUCCCAAAGGAAACAUGGGAGUACAAGGAGAGCCGGGGCCUCAUGGGCAGCAGGGUUUGCCUGGUCCACAUGGUCUUAUUGGUCCUCAAGGUCCAAUCGGGGGUCCCGGUGAGAAAGGACCUCAAGGUAAACAAGGCUUGGGUGGGCUUUCUGGUGCAGAUGGUCCUCCUGGUCAUCCAGGCAAAGAGGGCCCUGCAGGCGAGAAAGGAACAUUAGGUCAUCCUGGUCCUAUGGGAUCCAUCGGCUACCCUGGGCCUCGUGGUGUGAAAGGAGCCGAGGGCAUCAGAGGUCUUAAAGGUGGCAAAGGAGAAAAGGGAGAAGAUGGAUUCCCCGGCUUCAAGGGAGACAUGGGUCUCAAGGGCGACAAGGGCGAGAACGGUGUGGAUGGAGUCAGAGGAGAGGACGGUCCAGAGGGCCCCAAGGGCAAAUCAGGACCAGGAGGAGAGUCCGGCCCCUUGGGAUCAGCUGGAGAGAAGGGAAAACUUGGCGUCCCCGGUUUGCCUGGUUACCCUGGAAGACAAGGCUCCAAGGGCUCCAAUGGCUUCCCAGGGUUCCCCGGGGCAAAUGGCGAGAAAGGAGCAAGGGGAAUCGCCGGCAAAUCUGGCCCCCGAGGACAACGUGGCCCAACGGGUCCACGUGGUGGGCGCGGUGCAAGAGGACCAACAGGGAAACCAGGUGCAAAGGGCACCUCAGGCAAUGACGGACCCCCCGGCCCACCAGGAGAGAGGGGACCUAAUGGACCACAGGGACCCGUCGGCUUCCCUGGACCCAAAGGACCCAACGGCCCAGCAGGAAAGGAUGGGCUGCCCGGUCAUCCCGGACAGAGAGGAGAGACGGGCUUCCAAGGAAAGACUGGACCCCCAGGACCCGGAGGGGUUGUUGGACCACAGGGACCGACUGGUGAGACUGGACCCAGCGGAGAGCGAGGGCACCCAGGCUCCCCUGGGCCACCUGGUGAGCAAGGUCUGCCUGGAGCUGCUGGGAAAGAGGGUGGAAAGGGUGAUCCAGGUCCUCAGGGUCCUGGUGGCAAGGCAGGACCCGCCGGCCUGAGGGGCUUCCAGGGUGUUCGAGGUCUUCCAGGGGGCAUGGGUCCAGCUGGCUUGAAGGGAGGAGAAGGGCCUCAGGGUCCCCCCGGCCCCCUCGGUUCACCUGGAGAGAGAGGUGCCGCUGGCCCUGGUGGUCCCAUCGGUCUGACAGGACGCAACGGUCCCCAAGGACCACCCGGCCCCGCUGGAGAGAAGGGCGGCCCUGGAGAGAAAGGUCCCGUGGGACCCGCCGGCCGUGAUGGCAUUCAAGGUCCCGUUGGUCUUCCUGGCCCAGGUGGUCCUCAGGGCCCCCCCGGAGAGGAUGGUGACAAGGGAGAAGUUGGUGGACCUGGACAGAAGGGAGGCAAAGGAGACAAGGGCGAACUGGGCCCACCAGGUUCAAACGGUCUUCAGGGUGUGCUCGGAGCUCCUGGUCCAGCUGGCAGCGACGGCGAGUCCGGACCCAGAGGACAGCAGGGCAUGUUCGGCCAGAAAGGAGACGAAGGAUCCAGAGGAUUCCCAGGUCUCCCAGGACCAAUCGGGCUGCAGGGUUUGCCCGGCCCUCCUGGUGAGAAGGGAGAGAAUGGAGACGUCGGAACGAUGGGUCCACAUGGUCCUCCAGGCCCCAGAGGUCCUCAAGGUUCCAGCGGAGCCAAUGGUGCACAAGGUCCUAUCGGUGGUAUCGGUUCAAUGGGAGGUGUCGGAGAGAAGGGAGAAACCGGAGAGGCUGGAAACCCAGGAUCCUCUGGAGAGCCUGGUAUGGGAGGUCCAAGAGGAGAGACUGGUGAUAAGGGAGAAUCUGGUCCUCCAGGAGCUGCUGGACCCGCCGGUGCCCGCGGACCCUCUGGAGAUGAUGGUCCCAAGGGAAACCCUGGUCCUGUCGGCUUCCCAGGAGACCCAGGUCCCCCUGGUGAGGCUGGUGCUGCUGGCGUUGACGGUUUAGGUGGUGACAAAGGAGAUGAUGGAGAUGCCGGACAACCUGGUCCUUCUGGUCCAUCUGGUGAGUCUGGUGUACCAGGACCUCCCGGCAAACGGGGACCUGUUGGAAAAACGGGUCAGGAGGGCAAACAGGGAGAGAAGGGAUCCAAGGGCGAAGCUGGAGCCGAGGGACCUGAUGGGAAAACCGGACCUGUGGGACCUCAGGGACCCAAUGGAAAGUCUGGUCCUGAGGGACUCCGUGGAAUCCCUGGCCCUGUUGGUGAGCAAGGCCUCCCCGGUGCUUCUGGUCAGGACGGCCUUCCUGGACCUCUCGGACCCCCUGGACUUCCCGGUAUGAAAGGUGACUCUGGACACAAGGGAGAGAAGGGUCAUCCAGGUCUAAUUGGUCUGAUCGGACCCCCCGGUGAGUUCGGAGAGAAGGGAGACCGAGGUCUGCCUGGACCUCAGGGUCUUUCAGGAGGCAAGGGUGAUGCUGGUCUUGGUGGUCUUGGUGGUCCCCUCGGUCCUCCUGGUCCCCCUGGUAUCGCUGGCUCUCAAGGACAGAAGGGAUCAAAGGGAUCAUUGGGUUCAACUGGUCAGAAGGGAGACACUGGACUGAUUGGAGCUCCUGGACCUCCAGGUCCACCUGGUGACAUCAUCCAGCCACUGCCCAUGCAGCACCCGAGAAAGGCGCGACAGGCGGACAUGCAGGGAGACGAGGCGCUGCCCGACUACGGCGUGGACGGCGUGGGCAUGGAGGGCAUGGAGGACGUCUUCGGAUCCCUCAACAACCUCAAGCAAGACAUCGAGCGCAUGAAGUUCCCGAUGGGCACCCAGGACAAUCCUGCCAGGACCUGCAACGACCUGCACCUCAGCCAGCCCGACUUCCCAGACGGUGAAUACUGGAUCGAUCCAAACCAGGGCUGCAUAGGGGACGCCAUCAAAGUGCUCUGCAACUUCACAGCAGGAGGGGAAACGUGCAUCCACCCAGAUAAGAAAUCCACAGGAGUCAGAAUAUCCAACUGGCCCAAGGAGUCUCCAGGUUCAUGGUUCAGUGAAUUUAAACGUGGAAAAAUUUUGAACUACGUGGACGUGUCAGAAAACACCAUCAACACGGUGCAGAUGACCUUCCUGAAGCUGCUCAGCUCCUCCGCCCGGCAGAACUUCACUUACAUCUGCCAUCAGUCGGUGGCCUGGUACGAUGCCGGCGGCGACAACUAUGACAAGGCGCUCCGCUUCCUGGGCUCCAACGAUGAGGAGAUGUCGUACGAUAAUAAUCCCUUCAUCAAGCCGCUGACAGACGGCUGCUCGCUGAAGCAGGGCUACUCGAGGUCAGUGCUGGAGAUCAACACUCCUCGCAUCGACCAGCUGCCCAUCAUCGACGUCAUGCUGAACGACUUUGGGGACUCCAACCAGAGGUUCGGCUUCGAGGUCGGCCCCGUGUGUUUCCUCGGCUAG